AUGGGCCCUAGAAAACAGGCCACCAGGCGAUCCACGAGAUCACAAAUAAAGAAAUCCGAGCCUGUCGUUGAGGAAGAGGAACAAGUUAUUUCAGGACCUACUACCUCUGAAGGCCUGCUACAAUCGAUCGGCAUAACUCAAUAUGUUUUUGAGCUUAUUGAUAAACAGGCCUCGAUAGCAGACUGGAUCCAGUGGUUUGUUCUGGUUUUUGUUGCGAACGUGAUAUACGUCUUGUUCAACGACAAAUCGAAGGGCGACUCGUUCAAUGUACAAUAUUUGUACGACUCUAUCUUCACAUUGCUGUGUGUUGUUUGUCAGGUGGCCGUCGUCUUCCAUCAUCUUUGGAAAAAAUAUAAAGUGACCGGCCAAAACGCUCCACAACUGCCGGAACUGGAACUCAUCUACGCUGUCUUCAUUCCACUUGCCAUCGCGCUCAUGCGAAGCCCAAGGAAUCUGGUCCUCGUUGCAGGCUCUGUAGCGCUGGUGUCUGAUUUGCAGGAGCUCGUGAAAAUUGGAGUCUCUGUGCUCUUGGAAAUUCAGCUGCUCACAUCACAUGAAAGUAUCGAGUCUUUGCCCUUCGUUUUUGUUCUUGCUGGUCCAGUGUGGCAUGUGACCGUUACGUCCCUGCUGAAGUAUGUGGCUCCGAACUCGUUCUCCAAAAGCGAAAGAAACAUUUUGGGAACUCUUGCCGUUGCUCUGGUUCUGUUCAUCAACACGCAGUCUUUGGUACACCUCCAAAUUCUCCAGAAACUUAUGGUUUCAUUUUCUGCGGCCACAGGGGUCUGCUACACAAUCUACCUGGUGUACGAAAACACCGACCGGAAUUGGGCCGUUCUUGCAAUUUUGCAGGCAGCAUUCUAUGGCAUAGGGGUUCAUCUUUCCAUUUACUUUCUGAUACCGGUACUUAAGGAGCAUCCUUUCUUGUGGCUGCAAAAUUACAUCCAGGAAACAGAAUCCCGAUGGUUCAUCUUCCAACUCUGGCUUUGUGGACUUUUCAUCGUUCUGCCUUCUCUGUUCAUCAUUGCGCCGGUGUUUCCAUUGGAUGUGCGUCGUAAAGUGUGGCAUUUCAUUUUGUUUGCAGCUUUGUCGUACCCGCUACUCGUUGAUCCUCAGAUAGUCGCUCUGGCACUGAUCGGACUAUUUGGCCUGUUGCUGCUGGUGGAACUGCAAAGAGCUUUGCGAAUCCCGCCAUUCGGCAACUUUUUCCAACAGAAGUUUACUGAUUUCCUAGACGAAAAGGACAUAAAGGGUGAGAUCGUCUCGUCAUACCUAUUUCUGGUGCUGGGCGUUGCACUGCCGAUAUGGCUUGACCCCGAGGCUCCGGAGGCAAUUGCAGGUUUGGUCACUGUCGGUCUCGGCGACUCGUUUGCAUCUCUUCUGGGCAAGCGGAUAGGAGCCAAUUGCUGGCCAGGAACGAAGAAAACGGUCGAAGGAUCCGUCGCGUUUGUGACAGCUACUGCAGGUGGCUUGGCUCUGUUCAAGCUGUUAGGCCAGAACGAUUUCUCCUAUUCUAACAUUUUAUGCACAGCAAUGCUUUCUGCAAUGGUGGAGGGAUGCACUACAAUGAACGAUAACCUACUGGUGCCAAUAUUCACCUAUCUGUGUUUGACUGUCUUCAAGUACUUCUAG